AUGAGUAAGGAAGCCGUUCCACUGCCAUUAUCUACGAUGUCUCCUCCGGCGAAACCAACGCCGGUGUCUAUGCAGCCGGCAUCAGCUACUCCAAUACCGUCACCUCUGCUGUCUCCGGCGAAACCAACCGCUCAGGUGUCUCCUCCGCCGGCGCCGAUGUCUCUGCACGCGCCAUCACCUCUUUCAUCGUCACCAACUCUGUCGCCGUCACCUCCGGUGUCUCUGCCAGCGAAACCAACCCCUCAGGUGUCUCCUCCGCCGGCGCCGAUGUCUCUGCACGCGCCAUCAGCUCUUCCAUUGUCAUCAACUCCGUCUCCAGUGCUGUCACCUCCGCUGUCUCCGUGGGUGAUACCAACCCCGCCGGUGUCUCCGGCGAAACCAACUCCUCCUGCGUCCCCUCCAAUAUCUCCUCCGCCGGCGCCACCAAUUGUGAAUCCGCCGUCGCCAUGGCGUUUUUACUGUUAUAGGUGCGGUAGGCUUUUUGGUAGUCGCCUUGCCACAAUGGCUCAUUACGAGGCGGCUCACCAACAUAGGGGCGGUUUUGAAUGCGAACGGUGUGGAAGCAUACUUGUUACCGAGUGUGAUCUGAUUGAUCAUAGAUUUACUUGUUACCGAUUUGACUGA